AAAAGCUCAAACUACAACUAAACCUUCACCUCUCUCUCCCUCUCUCUCUCUCUCUCUCUCUCACAAAAGACAAGAGGAAAUGGCAAAGCUCAUAGCUUGUAUCAUCUUCCUCACUUGUCUCUGCAUUUCAGUGGUUAUAACUCCGAUUAUGGCAAAAGAAGCAGAGUACCACCUUGAUAGCUAUGGACCCGGAAGUCUAAAGUCUUCUCAAUGCCCCUCGCAAUGCAUAAGGAGGUGCGGGAAGACGCAGUACCACAAGCCGUGCAUGUUCUUCUGCCAAAAGUGCUGCGCGAAGUGCCUCUGCGUGCCGCCGGGGACUUUCGGCAACAAGCAGGUGUGCCCCUGCUACAACAACUGGAAGACCAAGAGAGGUGGACCAAAAUGCCCCUAGGCCUAUUCACUCGUUUACCACAUCUAAUCUUUUUUCAUAUAUAUAUAUAUAUCUUUCAAUAGCUCUGUAUUUUUAUGUCGAAGCAUCAAUAUAUAUAUAUAUAUAUAUGAUGGAGAUGGGCCUUUGUCAUAUUGAAUCUGUUUGGUUUCCUGGCCUUUGUAUCAAUUAAGGAAUAUAAAUUUCGAGUUCAGAAUUUUCAUUUUUUGUUGUACCCAUCAAUGUAUUUACUUGUCGGCAAAUUCGAAUCACACGGUAGUUGUAAAAUCA